AUGGUUAACAAAAUACGUUGUUCGACGGAACAGAAAUAUGAAACAGAUGCUACAACAGCAGGAGAUGAGGAUAAACUUAAUAUAUUUGAAAGGAAGGUGUUAAGAAAAAUCUAUGGUCCCGUAUAUAAUCCUGAUACCCAAGUGUGGGAGAGAAGGUCAAACGAACAAAUAAAACAAUUAUAUGGAAAAGGAAAUAUAGUACAAUUUGUAAAAGGCACUAGACUGGAGUGGGCUGGUCACGUUUGGAGAGCGGAUAAUAGUAUUGUCAAGAAGGUACUUGUUAACAACUUGAACAGGAAAAGACCUCGCGGCAGACCGAAGCAGCGUUGGAUAGAUGUAGUCAAAAGAGAUAUCCAGGAGUUAAGACCAGAUUGGCAUGGAGACCUAAUACAUGCAUAUAAUAGAGAAGAGUGGAAGAAUUUGAUAAUGGCAGCAAAGGGCCUAAAUGGCCUAUAA